AAUAAUUAUAAAUUAAUAUUCAAUACUGUCAACCAACUGCAUAGAUAAUUCAAAAUGUGUAUCAAUUGCUCUCAGCAGCAGUUGCAAAUGUAUAUAGUUUAGGUUAAGGUUUUUUGAAAUUUGAAAACAAAUGAACUUGCUGCAAGGGCUGCUGAAAUGGCAGAGCAGCCUGCAUCCCUUGACCCGUGGAGCUGCUGUCUAUGCCGUGCUCUGGCCCACGGGCAGCCUUAUACAACAGUCCCUAGAGGGACGCAAUCUGAAAACCUACGAUUGGGGGCGAGCCUUGCGCUUUAGCCUCUUUGGUUCGCUUUAUGUGGCGCCCACAGUUUACUACUGGGUGCGCCUCAGCAGCGCCAUGUGGCCCAAGACGAACUUUCGCACUGGCAUUGUCAAGGCCCUGACCGAACAAAUAUCGUAUGGACCCUUUGCCGCGACAAGUUUCUUUAUGGGCAUGAGCCUGCUGGAUGGCCUGACCUGGAGCCAGGCUGUCGAGGAGACCAAAAACAAAUUUCCACACACCUACAAGGUGGGCAUAUGUGUGUGGCCCGUGCUGCAAACGAUCAACUUCUCGCUGGUGCCUGAACACAAUCGCCUCAUCUUUGUCAGCGUCUGCAGUCUAAUGUGGACCGUAUUUCUCGCUUAUAUGAAACAGCGUCAAUUAGCCAACGAAGCAGAUCAGGCGGCGGAUCAGCAGUCGCAGCUGACGUGACGUGAAAAUAUUAAAGUCAAAGUGUUAUACAAAUGUAUUAGACAAAUGUUUCUUUAGGUCAAUUAAUAAAACGCAUUUAAGUA